AUAUUGUAACAGCAGAGAUGUCAGUUGUAUUUCAUCCGCCAAUCAGUAAACACUUUUUUUUUUUGUACGAAAAUGAAAAAGUUUUUUUUAUUUUUAUUAUCAACUACUUGUUUUACGGUUAUUUUAUCUAGUGUAAUAAGACAAGACAUGGCAAUAGUACGUAUUUGUAACACUACAGAUCCCGUUGAUUUACGAGUAUUGAAUGAUUAUUUGAUGAAUCAUAAUUUAAAUCGCCUGCACAUAAAAUCACACCACCCACUUGCCUGUUUCCUACUCUGUGUGUACAGUGAAUUCAAUUGGAUGGAUCGUCAUGGGGGAUUCAAAGUUCAUAAUAUCAAGGCCUGGAUGCUAAGAGCUGAAUUAUCGGAAAAUGACACGGACAUUUUAUUGAGAAAGUGCAUUAGCUUAGAGUUAACAGAUCCUUGUACACGGGCGCAACAUUUCACUGAAUGUUUUUGGACAAAUCAUCAAGACGUAACGGUCGAUCAUAGACACUCAUUACACUCGAUAAUGCAUAAGGAUGUGCAUUAGGAUAAGAUAUAUAAUUAACUUAAUUAAAAAAAAAUUUUACCAGAACAAAUCAAAUAAAUUUAUUUGAUAAGGGAGAGGAUACCGUGAACGUGCGUUCCGAGUUUUUUUACCAUCGCACUGAUACAUAUUACGAAUUUUUUUAAUGUCCUUUUUACUGAAGCCUUCGCGCUGCCCCAAAGAUGGUUUUGAGGUGAAAAAUAUUUCAUCUAAUCCACUAAAUAUUCCACUGUUUGUUUCCUGUAAAAUAAAUAUACUUUUUAUAAACUAA